AUGGCUAAUAGGAACGUACAGGAAUUCUUCCUGAGCUUGCUCAGCUCUGCCUCUACUAAGCGCGAGGCCAAGUCGUACCUGUCUCGCUUCAAAAAUAGCGCUCCCAAGCCAGUCGAGACAACAAAACCCGCAGCCGGAAAUGAAUCCCUCAAGGAAGACCCGUCGGCAGCUUCGCCCUCUGGGGUAAACCUGGGAUCUUUUUAUGGUGCAUCGCGAGCUGUUUACGACAGCCCGGUGUUCUGGCAGCACACCACACCUGCGCCACGAGGUGAGGAGCCGGCUGAGAGACUUCAUCUGGCCUUAAUUAAGAUUACGACACCCCAAUCCCUGGAGGACGAGGUUGUCAAUGGGGUUGCGAAGACUCUGUCACAACUCGUACGUUUAGGAAUGGGAUGUUGUGUGGUAGUUGAUCCGGGCAAGGUGGACAGCUCUACUGUGCGGCAAGUUGCCAUCGAGCAGGCUAAUCGAAUCUCGGCUGCGGUCGAUGAGCAGCCCGACUCCAAAGCAUUCCGUUUGGACUCGGCACUGUCGAUUUCUGAAAAGGGCCAUCGUCAGCCGACUGUGAUGUCACGCAAGGCACUUUUGAGCCCACUCCGGGACGGCCAUGUCGUUAUCGUCACCCCAGUUGCUUAUCUGGAAGAGAACCCUAGAGCCGUGCCUGUGUCUGCGGAUGAUGCCGUGCUUGCCUUGACCAAGGAAUUUGCGGGUCUGUCUACUGUCCCAGACCCAGAUGAGGAUCCUAUAAUCUCUGCGGAACGGAUUGAUAGCCUGCAAAAAGAAGUCUCGCUCGACCGAGUAAUUCUCUUGCACCCCCUGGGAGGCAUUCCAGCCUUCAGAGGACCACAAUCGUCUCAUGUUUUCAUCAACAUGGAACAGGAAUUUGACGAAAUCGAGGAGGAGCUGUCGGAAACAAGAGAAUCUAUCUCUGGAAAACCAGGUGUUAUACUGCCACACAAGGACACCGGCCCUGCGUCCGCUCUCUUGGAUAGCAAUCCAUUCUCCAAGUUCGUCAAUGCGGAUGUGAUCUCUCCCUUGCCUGGGCAGUCGAGCCAGCUGCCCGGUGCCGAGGCGAUGGGAAUGGUCCUCGAUGGCCAUCUAGAGAACCUUCGACUAUCUCGUGCGACGCUGGCUCUUCUACCCUCGGCCUCUUCUGGCAUCAUUGCUUCUCCGCAAGAAGUGGCCAACUCUGCCCGCCCACCCCAAGUUGCUCCGUCCGAUGUUUCCGCCGUCGGAACGCGCCGCCAACGUAACCCUCUCAUCCACAACCUUCUCACCGAUAAACCUCUUCUCUCAUCUUCACUGCCUCCAGGGCGCCGUGGCGCUGGCAAGGGCAGACCCAGUGCUAUCAGCCCUCUUCCACCUCACACCACCUUUGUGAAGCGAGGCAUGCCUCUCACUAUCCUCCCCAACCCACAUGUACAAAUGUGGACUGCCCAUGGCCAACGGCGUCUACAGCUGAACGACCCAUCUAUCGAUCUGCCCCGAUUGGUGCAUCUGAUCGAGGAUUCUUUCGACCGCAAGCUUGAUGUGCAAGACUACCUGCAACGAGUCAACGAUCGCAUCGCCGGCAUCAUUGUCGCAGGUGAAUAUGAAGGUGGCGCAAUUCUCACCUGGGAAACACCACCAGGUGUGAUAGACGACGGCAGCUCAGAGAAUGCCGCACGCAUGGUUCCGUACUUGGACAAAUUUGCAGUGCUCAAGCGUAGUCAGGGUGCCGGUGGUGUCGCCGAUGUGGUGUUCAACGCGAUGGUGCGUACAUGUUUCCCCAAUGGGGUCUGCUGGCGCAGUCGCAAAGACAACCCCGUGAACAAAUGGUACUUUGAACGGUCUUGUGGCUCUUGGAAGCUAUAUGACAGCAACUGGACGAUGUUUUGGACGACGCCAGGCUUGCCGGAAGACACGCAGCGUUUCCAGGACUACGAAGCCGUGUGUCGGGCCAUUCAGCCUAGCUGGGCAGACAACAAAAGCGUCAUUGAUUAA